CUCCAGCUGCCGCCCCGGUCCGAGGUGUUUUGGACUGCUCCAGGAGCAGCGCACCUCGCGCCGCCGGGCAGCUGCCAUGCGCGCCGGCCGCCUCGCCUCGCCCCUGGCGCUGCUGCCAGGCGAGCCGCGGGCCAGCCGCGCGACACGAGCCCUUCCCGCGGGCUCGCGAGCGGCGCACGCAGGCGCGUGAGGAGCUGCAGGAGGCUACGAGGGUUGCCCGAUGGCGUGGCGGCCCGUGCGAGGCUGCCCGAUGGCGUGGCGGCCCUCCUGGCAGCGCCAGGCUGACAUUCGAUUGCUGGGCCCGUCGGCAGCCCGCCGCCUCGCCCGCCGCCGCCGCCGCGACGCGCUCGACGCUUGGCUGCGCGGCACGGGCACCUGGCAGCGCGGCGCCGGCUGGCAGUACGGCGGCGACUGGCACCGCGGCGGCGACUGGCAUCACGGCGACGUGGGCGUCAAGCUCCAGCAGCUCGCCGAGGCGGUCCGCAGGAUCGAGGAUGCCCUGGUGCGCGGCGAGACGCAUCCCGACGCCAAGAGCGGGCCGACGCGCCGCGAGGCGUCUCCCGCUGCCGGCAUGAACGCCGAGGCGAAGUGGUGCGAGCCGCGGACGGGCCAGGCCGCCGUCGGCAUGAGGGCCGAGGCGCCCAUGUACGUGCCGCUCCCCGCGACGGCGGGAGUCCCUGUACCCGCGCAGGCCUUGAAGGGCGCUGCGGCGACGGCGGCCACUUGGUGUUGGCUGCCAGAGGCGCUGCCGCCCCCAGCUUCCGCAGCGCCAGUAUGGUGGCCUCAGCCGUCGCCUGCUGCCUCGGAGGCUCCGUCCGAGCUGCAGGUUCGUGGAGUUCCUGGUGCUGGACCCGUACCUGCUCGUGGUGUUCUCGUACCCGACCGUGCUGGUCAUGCUGGUGUGCCGGAGCUGGUGGCUGCGGCUGCGGGCGGGGCCCGUGCCCGUGAUCGUGCUCAUGAUGCUGCUGCUGAGCCACUGGCGGCUCGCAGGCCGGAGCCGCCGCCGCCGCCAACCGGACCUCCGCCGUUUUCGCCGAGGUUGAUGUCAUCGUCUUCGGCCCUGCUACGGCCUCCACGAGAUCUGCCGCCGCCACCAGCAGCCGACGUUCGUGCGGACCAUCGUGGAGAUUGCAGGUACGUGCUACCCGCUGCUGCUGCUGCCGCUGGAGCUCCUGGUGGUGUUGGCCACGCCUCUCGUGAUCGCGCGCUCCGCCCUGUGACGCGUCUGCCUGCUGGUGCUUUCGGCGCUGGUGCUGCCGAAGCCAGUGGUCAUGGGCUUCCGCUGGCCGGGCAGGGGCAGGCCACAGCCGCAGUCGUGGCUUUCGAGGCCCAUUGCAAGGCGUCCACACGCCGUGCUGCGUGGGCCAGGCGUCGCCCGACCGCUGUGCGCCAGGCCGAGGCCGACAGCCUGGCCGUGCCCGCGCCACAGGCAGCGACCGAGCGAGAGGCAGCCGAGCGCGCCGCAGAGGCCCUCGACGAGGUGGUCCCCGUCCCUGCUGCUGCCUCGGCGCGGCAUCCGGAGGCUGAGCGCGUGGCCGUGCCGGACACCCUGGGACAGCCCGUUGGCUCCCGCGCGGCACGCGAUGACCAGAGGAGCCGGAGGAUCGGUGACGCUGUCGCUGCUCAAGGCGGCAUCGAAGCCGCUGGAGCCGCCAUGGUUGCCGCAUAUGCGGCCAUCGGCAUCCAUAUGUAGUACCAUAGAAGUGGGAUCAUGAAUGCAUGUCAGCGCUCAGGUAUGAUGUUCCGGCGUAGGCUCGGCACAGCCUCUGACGACGGCGCGUAGAAAAUCGUGUUCCUGUGUAUCUCUAUGCAUCUCUUUGUCUGUCGCGAGGGUGCGAAGAUGCCUCAGCCUGCACACUGUCCGCGUGGUAACUCCCGCUGUGGUGCCUCCACGCGGCCUUAAUGUUAUAUCCAGCUUCAUGCGAAGCAGUUACACUUAUGCUGUUUAUGUAUGUGAGGUGAGGGACCAGGAUAUCUGGGAGGAGCAGGGGAGGAGCAGCAGCUGUAGUUUGCGUCACCUCCCCCCCACCCUCGGUUAGAAGUCGUCCUCCCCUCGCUCGAUCACCCCCCGAUUCAGCCCGAUUCUGCCAUACACCGCCGCAGCGCUUUUUCCAGCAACGGUUCUCGUACGCCUGACCCAGGGGUGUGUAGCGAUUUGCGCCAGUGCUCUCAGAGCAGCCAGAGCGUUUGCACCCGUGCGGCACACCUUUCUUAGCUGGGGCAUGUCCGCUGCUGUUUCGUGCGCUUCGCGUGUGGCUUAUAGGCAUGUGUAUACGGGGGGAUGAUGGAUCAGGAUUCGGGGGGAUGAUGGGAUGGUGGAUUCUGCUCCGGCUGGUACCUGGGCCGUGCUGCCACGGCCCAGACGUGCCUAGGCGCCGACGCCUGGCCUUAGCAGUUGUUGCCGCCCCUCCCUCCCGCGGUUAGCGCGAAGGUAAUCGAUUUUGCUUGCCUGCGCCGUCGUCGUUCGUCCGUGUCGCGAGGGUGCGAAGUUCCUUUCCACGCUCAGGUACGAGAUGCC